CCAGCAAAUCGGGGAGCUCACCACCGAGCUCAUCGAGGAGACCAAGCGCGUGUACGACCGCGUGGGCUCCCAGGAGCUCCAAGAUGUGUCCUACGAGAACACACUCAAGGCGCUGGCCGACGUGGAGGUGUCCUACACAGUCUGUCUGCUGCCUUUGUAUGUCAGAUACACAGCUCGCCUCCCAGAGCCCCCUCUGCAGAGGUUGAUGAGGCAGAGAACUCUGAGCCGAGGAGGCCCCCUGUGCCCGAAUCUCUAGAGCAGCUGUUUUUCUGCGAACCGUCUAGAAUCCCUGAAUUCCAGCUGCGGGAUUCUCACAUGUCCCUGACGCCUCGCCGUGCAGGGUCUGCUUGCCCCUGGCCUGCAGGCUUAGACUCCAGAGGGUCCGCCCUGGGGGGACCCAGUGUGCCUUGGGCCCAAGGCUUGCUCUCGGGCCACCGGCAUGAGACCCGCCCAGAGCCCCACCGUGUUUGGCCUAGUCAGCUGAGCCGGUGACUGCCCUGCAGAGGUUUCCACGCUGCAGCUGACCCACCAGACCUGGGCCAUCUCGGUAGCCUGGAACCGUGGAAGCCACCAAACUGUGAUGUUAAUUCAGGUCUCCCCCAUGCAAAGUAUAUGCUUUUUUAAACACUGCUGUGUUGAGAUAGAAUUCACAUACUACGUAAUCUGCCCACUUAAAGCAUAGACGUCAUUGGUUUUUAGUGUAUUUAGCAUAUCCAACCUUCACCACUCUCCAGUUCCAGAGCCUUCCAUCACCCCAAAAAGAAGCCCCGACCCCAUCAGCAGUCACCCCCUGACAACACUAACCCACUGUGUCUGUGGAUCUUCCUGUUCUGGACGUUUCCCAUCAAUGGGAUCACACACUGUGUGUCCUUCUGUGUCUGGCUUCUCUCACUGAGCAUCGUGUUCUCAGGAUCCAUCCACGUGUCAAUGAGUGUCGCGGCUUCACUCCUUUUCAUGGCUGAGUGAUGCCCCCGUAUGUGGAGGGACACGUGUCCAGUCAUCUGCUGAUGGCGUCUGGGUCGUGUCCACUGUUUGGUUACUACGGAUCAUGCUACUGUGAUGGCGUGUGUAGAAGUUUUGGGUGGAGGAUGUUCCGUUACUCUCAGGUGUGCACCUGGGGGUGGGUCUGCGGGUCAUGUGGUGACUCAGCUGAAGCGUGUGCUUUCACAGCUGCCACACGUUCUGUCUCACGAAGCGUACACGUGUGCCGUGAAGUACAAAAUCUUUGGUGAGCUGCAGCGUAGCCAUGGGCAGCCAUGGCUCUUUUCUGGCACCGAGUCCCUUUGGCCUCUUCCGGUCUCAUCCUACUCCCUGUUCCGGUCCCUCUUGACUUGGGGUGUCCUGAGCUAAGUUCCUUCCCUUUUGGAAUGUGAGUCCCCGAGGACGGGGGUAACUGCGCCCAUCUCUAGCCUGGAACUGGCACCCACCCGUUUCCACCCGGGGCCGUUUUCACACCUGUCCUGUCGUCUCCCUGUUUCAGUCCAGAGGAACAUCCUUGACUUCCCGCAGCACGUCUCCCCAUCCAAGGACAUCCGGACAGCCAGCACGGAGGCGGACAAGAAGCUGUCCGAGUUCGACGUGGAGAUGAGCAUGAGGCGGGACGUGUACCAGAGGAUCGUCUGGCUGCAGGAGAAGGUCCAGAGUGACUCGCUGAGGCCAGAGGCGUCGCGGUACCUGGAGCGGCUGAUAAACCUGGGCAGGAGGAACGGGCUCCACCUGCCCGAGGAGACGCAGGAGAAAAUCAAGAGCAUCAAGAAGAAGCUGAGUCUCCUGUGCAUCGACUUCAACAAGAACCUGAACGAGGACACCACCUUCCUGCCAUUCACGCGCGAGGAGUUGGGAGGGCUCCCUGAGGAUUUCCUGAACUCGCUGGAGAAGACCGAGGAUGAGAAGUUGAAGGUCACCCUCAAGUACCCGCACUACUUCCCCCUCCUGAAGAAAUGCCACGUGCCCGAGACCAGGAGGAAGGUGGAGGAGGCCUUCAACUGUCGGUGCAAGCGGGAGAACUGCGCGAUCCUUGGGGAGCUGGUGAGCCUGCGGGCCCAGAAGUCCCGCCUGCUGGGGUUCAGCACGCAUGCUGACUACGUGCUGGAGAUGAACAUGGCCAAGACCAGCCAGGUGGUGGCCACUUUCCUAGAUGAGCUGGCCCAGAAGCUGAAGCCCCUCGGGGAGCAGGAGCGGGCCGUGAUCCUGGAGCUAAAGGAGGCCGAGUGCCAGAGGCGGGGCCUGCACUUUGACGGGCGCAUCAACGCCUGGGACAUGCGCUACUACAUGAACCAGGUGGAGGAGACGCGCUACCGCGUGGACCAGAACCUGCUCAAGGAGUACUUCCCCAUGCAGGUGGUCACGCGCGGGCUGCUGGGCAUCUACCAGGAGCUGCUGGGGCUGACCUUCGACCUGGAGGAGGGCGCCACCGUGUGGCACGAAGAUGUGACGCUCUACACGGUCCGGGACACGGCCUCGGGCAAGGUCAUCGGCAAGUUCUACCUGGACCUCUACCCUCGGGAAGGGAAGUACGGGCAUGCGGCCUGCUUCGGCCUGCAGCCGGGCUGCCUGCGGCAGGACGGGAGCCGCCAGAUCGCCAUCGCGGCCAUGGUGGCCAACUUCACCAAGCCCACGCCCGACGCACCCUCCCUGUUGCAGCACGAUGAGGUGGAGACCUACUUCCACGAGUUUGGGCACGUGAUGCACCAGCUCUGCUCCCAGGCCGAGUUCGCCAUGUUCAGUGGGACACACGUGGAGCGGGACUUCGUGGAGGCACCUUCGCAGAUGCUGGAGAACUGGGUGUGGGAGGUGGAGCCGCUGCUCAGGAUGUCCCAGCACUACCGCACGGGCAGCGCCGUCCCCCAGGAGCUGCUGGACAAACUCAUCAAGUCCCGGCAGGCCAACACAGGCCUCUUCAACCUGCGCCAGAUCGUCCUGGCCAAGGUGGACCAGGCCCUGCACACGCAGACGGCCGCAGACCCAGCCGAGGAGUAUGCUCGCCUCUCCCAGGAGAUCCUCGGGGUCCCAGCCACGCCAGGGACCAACAUGCCCGCGACCUUCGGCCACCUGGCAGGCGGCUAUGACGCCCAGUACUAUGGCUACCUGUGGAGUGAGGUGUACUCCGCGGACAUGUUCCACACACGCUUCAAGCAGGAGGGCGUCCUGAGUGGCAAGGUGAGAGGCCGGCCUGCUGCGCAGACCAAGACCGCGGUCCUCGGCCUGGGCCUAGAUGCCUGUGCCACCCGCCUGGGCCUGCCCGGCCCUGAGGACCCUGCCCUGGUCCUCCUGCUCCCCUGCCCUUUGUUCAGCCACAGCAGAGGUGGCCACACCCACACCCCCAGAUCCCCUCCCUUGGAUGCUGCUGGCCCCUGGAGCCAGGGGUGGGGGUACUCCACCCUCCUGCAGCCCCGCCCCCUCUCGGCAGGUGGGCAUGGACUACAGAAGCUGCAUCCUGAGGCCAGGCGGCUCCCAGGACGCCAGCGUCAUGUUAAGGCUCUUCCUGGGUCGGGACCCCAAGCAGGACGCCUUCCUCCUGAGCAAAGGGCUGCAGGUUGAGGACUGCGAGCCGCCAGCCUGCUGACGGCACAGGGUUCUGCCCACCCCAGUGGGCCGGGUGCCUUAGCGCCCCGCCGGGGUAGGGGAGGGGCCGCGUGUCCCCCCAGCCCCUGAGUCCCCGGCGGCCGGCCUGGGCCAAAAGUCUCCACCUGGAUGUGUCUAGAGAGCCUGGCGUCAAGGCUCCCACUUGUUGCACUAAUACAGCCCCUUCCUGGGGAACUUUCCUGGUUAAAACACGGUUCUUUGAAACGGAGGCAUUAAAAAAAAGGCUC